AUGUACCUUGCGGCUACGUACCUGCGUACCGACAGACCAAUGCUAAGGUCGGGGAACGCUACUCGUGUCCUCACGCAAAAUUUGCAAGGCAAAGGGGUAUCGGAUACGUCCCACGACCUGCAUGAUACAGAGGGAUCCACUCUGUACUUCUGUACCCGCUCCCGCAGUCAUCACUCUCGCACCAAAGGCCGGGCAAGGGCCCGGCAACCUCACACCUCACCACAAGCUUGCCAACGCCGCAGAAUCCAACCGCACGCCCCCCCGUCCAUCUCACCUCCCGGUUCCUUCUAUCAGAUCGUCGCCAUACUUUCUGCGUCUCUCUUCGCUCUGGUUCUCCGAUCGGUUUGGAGGGUCUGGCCCGGAACACAUCCAAAGCAAAGCCCACCAUCUUUACCCUCGGCCGCGUCCGCAGAGGUUUGUGCGUGCGUGAUUGCCUGUAGGAGGGAGGGGGGAAGGAGAGACUGA